AUGCAUAUUGUCGCGGUGGGUGCGGAGCAAGAGAAGCAGGUAUGGUCCAUUAUAACCCCAUUCGUACGACGCCAUCCAGACAUCUGCUUCAAAGUAUCACAUUCCGACGUGGCAAACAAGCGACGCCAGGUUGCGCUUGCCAUCGCCUCUAUCACAACCCGGAUUAUCGUUUUAUGCGACGACCAUGUGGUGUGGGCCUCACCCAGAUUCCUCGCCGCGGCGCUCGCACCUUUCGAGGAGGACCCAAGCGUCGGUGGAGUGGGCACAAUGAAGCAUGUUAUCCGCCACUCGGGCAUCGGCCUCUUCCGGGGGUUCUGGAAUGUCAUGGGCGCCUUGUACCUGGAAAGACACAACUUCGAGCAUAGAGCGUCCAAUGCUGUUGACGGCGGUGUCGCAGUGAUCAGUGGCCGCACCUGUCUCUACAGAACUACCAUCCUCCAGGAUCCAGCGCUGUUAGCUGGCUACCUCAACGAAACCUUCUUGUUCGGUCUCCUCGUGCCCUUGAAUGCAGAUGACGACAAUUAUCUAACCCGAGCCUUGGUCAAAGGCAAUUGGAAGAUAAAGUUCCAGGACACCAACGACGCUCUGAUCUUGUGCGACGUCGGAGUGUAUCCCAAGUUCCUCCAGCAGUGCCUUCGAUGGGCACGCACGACAUUCCGAAGCAAUCUCUGCUCUCUGCUUACCGACCGAUCCGUCUAUGGAGCUCACCCUUGGUCUGUUUAUGCGCUUAUGAUCAGUCAAAUGGUGAACUUCGCGCUCUUCUACGACGGGGCCAUGGUGUGGACGCUGACUCGAACAGAUUUCUGCUCCCAGAGUGUUUUGAAGGCAUUAUGCGUUUGGAUCCUCAUCUCGAAACUUCCGAAACUGUUGCCCUAUUUCUGGCGCCAUCCACGGGAUCUGAUUUAUCUUCCUACCUAUUACAUCUUCGCCUACUUCCAUUCAUUGAUCAAGCUGUGGGCUCUGUUGACAUUCUGGGACGUCCAAUGGUCGGGACGAGAUUUGGCGAGCAUUAACCAGACCGUGACAGGAGAAAAGGCAGCUCAGGACCCACGUGUCACCCCGGAAGCUGAUUAUGGGAACUUCACCGACGAUUCCAACAACAAAGCCACGAUCCCAGCCCGUACGCCCACCAGACCCAUCACGCAACCGGUGAGCAGACCCAUCACGCAGUCGGCGAACAGACCGCACCGGAGCACACCGCAACCCGUGGCCACACCCUGGGGAUUUGUAGAAGCUGGCCGGCAGAGUGGAGCGUCAGGAAACGACAUGCUUACCAGGAUCAAGGUUACCAAGGUGACCACUCCCCCGUGGCUCUCGAGUUCGAGGAGAACCUAG